ACCCCGAGAAUGGCAGAGCAAUGCAAGAUCUCAGCGGCCAUGGUAUCUGAGGAAAGGUCGUAUGUGCUCAAGGUGGAUGGAUACUCGAGAGCCAAGGCGCUAGUGAAGAACGGUCAGUGUGUGAUUUCUACCUCAUUCAGUGUUGGAGGCCACAACUGGGUCGUGAGAUAUUACCCAAACGGUUUUCUUAACAAUUAUGCCCAUUCCAUCUCUCUUUAUCUUUGUCUUGAAUCCACCGAUGUCGAAGAUAUGAAGGCGGAAUACACGCUCGCUGUGCUGGAUAAGAACGGAGAACCUGUGCCUUCAUACAGCUGUAGCAACCCUCUGCGUAUCUUCUCAGAUGGUUCAGCCUGGAGCUACCCGCUCGUGAUCAAGAAGGCCGAUUUGGAGGCAUCGGCGCAUCUGAGAGACAAUUGUCUCACCAUCAGGUGCAAUGUCACCAUCAUGCAGAUCAAGAGCGAAGAAGCAAAGGUUUCACCAAGCGACCUGCACCACCAUCUCGCCGACCUCCUCAAGAACAAGGACGCUGCGGACCUAACCUUUGAAGUCGGCGCACAAAGUUUCUCAGCCCACAGGUGUGUCCUUGCUGCUCGCUCAUCAGUCUUCAAGGCCGAGCUCCUCGGCGCCAAGAAGGAGAGCUCUGCAGCUAGUACUAUUAAAAUUCAUGACAUGGAAGCUGAUGUGUUCAAGUCCUUGCUCCACUUCAUAUACACCGACUCUGUUCCUGUGCUUGAGAUGGGUAGCAACAAAAGCGAAACUGAUGUGGUUAUGGCUGGCCAUCUGCUGGUAGCAGCUGACAGAUACAACAUCGUCAGGCUGAAGCAGAUAUGUGAGGAGAAAUUGUGCAAUCACAUUGGUUCGAGGAUGGUGGGCACCAGCUUGGCUUUAGCCGAGCAGCAUGGUUUCCAUCGUCUCAAAGAAGCUUGUUUGCGGUUCCUUGCUUCUCCGUCCAACUUUGAGGCGAUGGUGGCAAGUGAUGGGUAUGAGCAUCUGAGAUCUAGCUGCCCAUCUGUUCUCAAGGAGCUGAUAGCUAGAAUCCUCCCGGCUGAAUGGAAGGUGGCAAAGGAUAUUCUCACUACAACUUAG